UUCUCCGUGUGGGCCGCGGCGGGCGGUCGGCUGCUGUGAGGCGGAGCCCCGAGCUCGGUGCCGCUCCCCGCGCCGGUCGGGCGCCUGUCCGCAUCGCUUAAUUAAAGCCUGGGUGGAAAAAACGGCUGUCGUGUGGUCAUUUGUGACAGAGCUCUGCGGCAGCGUGCCGCGAGCGUUUUCUUCGGAGCUUCUCGUUGGAUUUUUUUUUUUUUCCUCCCUGCUUUCGCUCCGUGUGUCGCUGGCGUUUUGCGUAACGCCGAAUGUCAGCUGGGUGCCCUGCUUGCUUUGUCAACACUUGUGUCUGCCACGUGAAGCCGCUGGGCAAGGGAGGAAGGGCCGGGAGGGAGCGCGUGUGUCUGAUAUCCAGCGUGAUCUGCAUCCGAAGGUCGUGCGUGACCGUGUUCUGCCCGGGGGUUGUGGAGGUUAACGCUGCUGGUGAUUCUUGAUUUGCGUUCUGAAACGUAGAGGUUCUUCUGAACAGCCGUCGAUUUAGAACGUUGCGUUUGUUUUCCUUUGACGCAUCAGGUGUAUCCAAAACAUGAAGAUCGAGGUGGGACUGUGUAGGAUAAGCUGCAGUGGCAGGCCGGUGGGAAAGGAGGAAACUCGGAUGAAUUCAACUCCUAUAAAGGCUCGUUUCCUGUUUGAAGGAUCGGCAGGUGUUUUUGGUGCCGUCGUGUUUAGGCUGAGAAGUGCUUGCAGCGUUUUAUUUUAGUGUGGUCAGCUGCCGUACCCACUGUUUUUUUAGCUCGAUUAAAUGGCUCUGUUGAAUACAAAACUUUGAAUAUUUGGAUGCUCUUCCAAGGGUGACUUGCCCAAACCAUCCAGAUUCCAUUUUAGUGGAGGAUUACAGAGCUGGUGAUAUGAUUUGUUCGGAGUGUGGGCUAGUAGUAGGUGAUCGUGUCAUAGAUGUAGGAUCGGAGUGGAGAACUUUCAGCAAUGAUAAAGCAACAAAAGACCCAUCUCGAGUUGGGGAUACCCAGAAUCCUUUGUUGAGUGACGGUGACCUGAGUACAAUGAUUGGAAAGGGCACAGGUGCAGCAAGUUUUGAUGAAUUUGGGAAUUCAAAGUACCAAAAUCGCAGAACGAUGAGUAGCUCUGAUCGUGCAAUGAUGAACGCCUUCAAAGAAAUUACAAACAUGGCAGACAGAAUCAACCUCCCUAGAAAUAUAGUUGAUCGAACAAAUAAUUUAUUCAAGCAAGUGUAUGAGCAGAAGAGCCUGAAGGGAAGGAGUAAUGAUGCUAUAGCUUCUGCUUGUCUCUACAUAGCUUGUAGGCAAGAAGGUGUUCCAAGAACAUUUAAAGAAAUAUGUGCGGUGUCCAGGAUUUCAAAGAAGGAAAUAGGUCGGUGUUUUAAACUUAUUUUGAAAGCCCUUGAAACCAGUGUUGAUCUGAUUACAACUGGAGACUUCAUGUCAAGAUUCUGUUCAAAUCUGGGUCUUCCCAAACAAGUACAAAUGGCAGCAACACACAUUGCCCGUAAGGCUGUGGAAUUAGAUUUGGUUCCUGGGAGAAGCCCUAUUUCUGUAGCAGCUGCAGCUAUUUAUAUGGCAUCACAAGCUUCUGCAGAGAAAAGGACGCAAAAAGAAAUUGGUGAUAUCGCUGGAGUGGCUGAUGUUACGAUCAGACAAUCAUACAGGCUCAUCUAUCCUCGAGCUCCUGAUCUCUUCCCAGCAGAUUUCAAGUUCGAUACUCCAGUAGACAAGCUACCACAGCUGUGAAGUUGCUGAAGGUUACUUUAAUUUCUAAUAACAACAACAACAAAAAGAUUCUGGCCUAUAAUAAAGGAUGUACAAAGUGUUAAUAUUGAGUCUUCAUGUUGUGGAACUGGAGGAUAUGGAUAUUUGAGCAUAACUGCUGGAAUGCAGCACACAUUCCAAGGGUAAACAAGCUAAUUGUGUGGCAUUUUGUAUGUAUAUAUUAGUGGAAGUAAAUAUUUAAUGACUGUUGCAACAAACUUAAUUUCAUAUUAUUGUACUUAUUCAGAUUUCUUUUGUAGGGAUCUAGUAAAAUGUAUUUUGGAAAAUUGAAAAUACUAUGUAAUUCCCAAAUAAACUUUUCCAAAAACA